UCAACAUCUGAUUCACACCUUCGUCAUAUCAGUCCAAAACUUACUGUGGUAAAAAAUAGUAACAUUAAAAUAGCAUGUGAUAGAGUGAACCUGUGUCUACUAAAAGGAUAAAUCCUUUCUCAAUGAUCAUACGAACUUUGGGAUAAGAUGUGUGUCAGGCAUAUCUACCUCAUACUACUCUUCUACAACAUAGGAAAAACAGACAGCAGAUUAAACGAGAUAAAGUGUCCAAAUUACUGCAAGUGUGAUGUUUUCGAAUCGAUGAGAAGAGCAACAUGCCAGAACAAGAUGCUGUAUUCUAUAGAGGUUGAUAUACCUCCCCAAGCCGAGAUCAUUGAUUUGUCUCAUAAUCAGAUCAGUGAACUCGGUGGCAAUAUAUUUUUGGAAAUUGGCCUAACGAACCUGAAACUGCUCAAUUUGUCCCACAACAAAAUCGGCCAGAUACACCUGAGCGGUUUUGAAGGCCUGGGAAACUUGAGAACGCUGGAUCUCUCCUACAACGUGCUCCACUACUUCAACGAUCGCUGGCUUGCGGCCUUAGCAUCUAUUCAGGAGCUCUACCUCAGGGGGAACAAUUUGAAAUCGAUCAACCAAGAACCUAGGUUGAACUUGCAGCGUUUGAGGAUUCUGGAUCUCAGCAAGUGCGCCAUAGAGAGCUUGCAUCCAGACGUAUUACAAUACGUUCCGAAUGUACAAGUUUUGGACAUAUCUGAGAAUUUUCUGAUCCAUUUGACCACAGACGUGAUUCAACCAAUAAGCCACCUCAAUACGCUUAGGACAAAGCGCAACCCUUUUAGAUGCAAAGACCUUGAGUUUGCCAGGCUUAGGAACUAUACAUCGAAGCAUCAGAUAGCUUAUGACGAUCCUUGUAGAAGAAUUGGAAGAAGACGAGAAAUGGAACGUUUCCAGAGAAUGAUGGCUUUGGAACCACAAGUAGCAGAGAAGAAUGUUUGGUUAUAUGAAGAAGAUGAUGAACCAGUAGAAAGAAACAAUCAUACUGAAGUGAUAAUAUUGUGUAAUGAAACAAGAAAAUUGUUCGAGGGCAACUUUUUCGAAGAAUUUGUGAUUGAAGUAGUAACUCUUUCGCCACUGCUCAGUCUUCUUGUAGUUCUCAUCUUUGGAAUUACUUUGGGUAUAGCGUUAGGCUGCAUAUGUCAGGUCGGAGGUAGCCAAUCUUCCAAAAAUAUGACCACUGACAAGGAAGAAAGCAGUGAUGAUGACAUCAGCUUGCCGAAUGGUUACGUCCCCUCUGUGAGCUGGAGCUAUCGAAGACAGAGCAAUCUUGAUACCCUCAAAAGCCGCCAGACUGAUUCAGAAAUACUAUGUGCCAUGCUUCCAGACGGCAGAUUCUCGAGACAACACAGUACUACUGAUACUUGCAAGUCGACUACCAAAAGUACUGCUAGUAGAAAGCUGUGGCGUGAAGACAGGCCAACUCCAGAUAGAACACUAGAAGUUGUUCCUUACACUUCAAAUCAUCUAGACUCCAAGCCACUAAGUAACAUAACUGAAGUCAGCAGUUUUGGAUCUACAAGAACCACCGUUGUCAGCGACCUGGAGGCAGCACCUCCUGGAGAAGAUGAACCUGAUGGUGGAACCAAGUCUCCAAGAAAAGUCAGCAAGUCGUAUAGUUUUACGAGCAGCUAUAGUGGCUCUAUAGUAGAGGUGGUACCAUUUGCUCAUAUACGUCAUGGAAGCACUAAUACCAGAUCGUCAAUGCAACCUAGUAUAUGUGGCAGUACCUCUGCUGAACCAGACGCUCCAAUUUAUGAUCAAGUACAUUCCAGUACAACUUGCGGCUUGUCAAGGCAAUCUAGUAGUAGAUCUUCUAGGCUCGAUGUUGUACCGUAUGGUCUGCAACAUCCUGAUAACAGGUUUUUGAGGCAGAUAAGCAAUGCCAGCACUUUCAAACCAUUAAGUAGAAGUUGUUCCGCUAGAAAGGCUUCGGAGACUUCCGAUACAAGCAAUUUGUUGGCUAACGAAUUUUGUAUUUAUGAUUCUACGCCAGUUUUGGUACGAAAAGACUUGGGGGAUAUUUGAAAAGUUUGUCUUAAGAUAAAACACCGUGACAGCAGAAGCAAAGAACUCCAUUGUGUGGCCAAAUGAAACCGCGUAUACAGGGUGUAAACGUUAUGAUAGUCAUUAUUUAAAUCGGUAGAUGGGGUUAAAAAGCGACAUCACCUGGUGUGUGAAAGUUUAUUGAAAGUAUUAAAAAAAUCCACUUAUAAAUAGGGAACACAAUUUUGAUACAUACAUUGUUUUUCUUUUUAAACCCCACAUUGCACUUUUUUGUAUUUAAAGAUGUUCAAAAUGUCUUGCUCCACUUUUCACCCAAGCUUCACUACGACAUUCACGAAUGGUCUGAGGAUUUUCUUGGGCCCACAUGUGAAUAUUAUGGAAAUUUAAUAUCCCAUCUCCGGUAAAAGUACAUUCAUCCGCCGCUAGAAUGUUUUUAAAAAAAUUCGGAUUUUCAAUGUUUUUGUGCAAAAACCACUGACAGAAUGUUAGUCUGCGAGGAUUGUCUUCUGGUAACAAGGCCUUCACUCGUUAUAUAGUACAUGGUAGGGAUAAAGCAAAUUUUCCUGUAGGAUUCUAUAGACUAUGUAUGGUAUGCGAUAGUCCUACGCGGCGGCCUAAUUCAAAAUCCUCGUGCUGAUAUCUGCAUUGAUUUCCACGAUAUUUAAAAUUUGUUCCUCCUGCUCUACAGUAACAUGUCUUUCACGAGUGCGAAUAUUAGUGGGCUGAACACUUCCUGUAUCUCGAAGUCUUUGGUACACUUGCACAAAUGUCCUUCUGUCUGGGUGUACCCGUUGGCGAAAUUUGAGCCGCAAGAUUUGAAUUCUGACGAGCUUCACCGUAAACUAACAACAUGUAGGCGAAUUCUUGAUUCGAGAACAUUGUAAGUAAACACGACGACGUACGCGAACAAUAACUAACCACUGUUACCGUUUGCGAUCGAUUGCCGGUUCGAUAAGAGUGAUGAGUGACCGGCGCGCUGUUGUCAUGUGUGUUUUAAAUAUUUAAAUUAAUGAAACUUACUUACUGACUACAAAUUUUGGCUUAACUUACAAAAACGCGUAUGUAUUAAUUACCCAAUUCAAAAACGUUUUAGAUUAGAUUCGAAUCAGCUAGGUAAUCGAUCAUAUGAACGUAAAAAGUGCAUGAUAAGCAUCAGCAGUUACAUUGGAGCUGAAGUAGUAGACUUUGGUCAUCUAGAUUUAAUGUAACAGUAUACAAAUAUGUGAUUUCUUAGAGUAUUAUCACGAUUCGAAUAUGUAUUCGUCUUUUGUUAAUGUUUACAGUACUCCUGAUAUUUAUUUAUUAAACUUUGUGUAAAUAA